GAAUGUCUAUGGGACCGGGGGAGGGGGGAGAGAGGCUAGGUUGUCGGAGCUCGGCCGCUAAUUGGCUGAAGAAGCGGAGGGCAUUGUGACGUGCUCGGUGAGGAGGAUUCCGCCGCCGUGUUCCACCAUCGCCGGAUUCCGCGCGCCGCAAACGGACAGCAGCCGCCGAGACAGAGCGGGGAGGAAGAAGAAUUCUACUGGAGUCGUUCCAACUUCUGCCAAAAGAAGUAGGGCAUUGGGGUGUACUAUUUUAGAUUGGAGUGUCGAGGAACGGAGAACAAGGAACAAAGAACUGUUCAAUCAAACAUUUUCAAGUAAGGUGAAAACAAAGCCUUUUCAUCAGCCUUAAUAGUAAGGUGUAUUCGAGCCUUUCCACAAGACUGAGAAAAUUCUUCACUAUCGCAAGGAAAAGUAGUUUGGGAAAAUCAAACUUGUUUCCUAAUUUAAAUGCUUCUGUAGCUUGUGCACCAGAAUUGAACAUAUCACCAAGUUGAAACAGAUUCUGUUUUUAACAGUCUAUUUGAGUCCUGGUUAUCUUUCAAGAAAAUGAUGAGCAGUAUCUUAGGCUUGGAGAAAACAGAAUCGAUGCAGGGUCAUUCUGUACAAGCACCAACUCAUUCAAGUUCUAUUUCCUCUGACUCCAGCGAAGCUGAAAAUGACUUUUAUGAAAACCCUGAGGAAGUGAAAUCUUCCAAGCUUUCACAAAGCCAGUGCAAGAGAUGGAUGGCAGGAAGAAAUCAAACACCAAAGGAGAAUCAAAUUAGAGCAUCUCUGUGCUCCACUGACAAACCCUCAUUAAGGAAAAGUACUGGCAAAGGUAAUGGGUUGAACAAGCAAAGAAAUAAUAAAAGGUGGAAGAGGUCUACAAAAGUUGUCAGAAAAACUGCUGAUCUGAACACUGCAACAGAGUUGAAGUUUAAAGAUGAAGGACAGGAAUUUAAAGAAGAACCUCAGUGGUAUACUGAGCCUCUUUCAGACAAUGUCAUCUCUAACAAUUUAAAAAGUAAGUUAGAAACUGCUUACAAGAGCAGUGUACCUUCAUUUGAUACUGACCUGUUGGAAAAAUUGCCAGCAUCCAUUAGAGAUCUAUGCAUUGAUGACAAUUGUCCUACAGAUUACCUCUGGACAGGUGCAUUUGUUGAUGGUCACUUUGUUGAUAUUCCAGCAUUACUUGAUAAAGGUGAAUUAAAUGAGAUUUUAGAUUGUUCUAAAUCAAAUUUAGAUUCCCUGGAUAAUCUUCAGAAAUCAGUAGACCUCAUCUGUGAAGGAGAUAUUAAUCAAUCUGUGAUGGAUUCUUGUGCCUUUGAUUUAAAACAAGACACUGGAUCCCCUAACGUUAUUGGAAGCAAAGAUGAAGAUCUAACCAGAUUUGAAGGGGAACAUAGUGUAGUGUUGGACGGAGGACCUUUGAAUAUAUGGGAAGAUGGCCCAACAGCAUGUAGACUGGAAACUCUAACUUCGUCAAGUAUAUCCUACGCAAACCCACUCAGCUCUAACUGGCUGCCAUCCACUUCUGAAUCAUCUUUAAUUGGUAAGACAGGAGCAGAAUCACUUCCCAAAGAUUUGUCAGAUAAAGAUGUUUGUUGGCAAGAACUUUCAGAAAUGAGUGAGAAAGAGUCUUAUUUUUCAGUUAUAAAAAAUCCAGAUGAUAUUGUAUUUUCUGGUGAAACUACUAAUUGGGAAAUUAAUUCACAAGGAGAGCAUGUUUCAUUAGAACCAUCUCAUUCUUCUCAGUUAAUUACCAACAAAAGUGAUGAUGGUGAAAAUAAAUCCUGUUUUCCAAAUAUGUUUGGAAAAGAUUGUAAUUCAUGGUCUUCGUUAUGUAAAUCUGGUAACUUCAGGAAUGUUGACACAGUAGCUGACCCUAUAGAGCUGAGUGUAAACAUGACUACAGAUAUCCCAACUGCUUGUUCAGAAGAUGACCUCCUCAGUUUGCUCCCUGGUAGUGAAUAUUUACAGUUGGAUGAUAGUAUUUUAAUUGAACUUCCAGUCAUGGCUUCAAAAGAAAAAUUAGAAGUAACAAAACAUGAUAUUCAAACAGAUGAGAUGAAAGCUGGAAAAUGGAAUCCAAUUUUUGGAAUUUGUCAAGAGGACCUUUCUGAAAAGAAGGAUGACUUAAGUUCCAGAGUAAUUGAAGAAAUAUGGAAAGCCUCACCAGGAGAGAAUAAAACAACAUUUUCAGAAGAUGGAAUCACCAAAUGUCAUAGCUGUUCUAUAGGAACAGAACUAUCUGUGAAACAAGUGGCUCCUGCAGAUUGUACGAAAUGUUCUUUGCAAAAUUCGGAAAAUAAUUUCUGGGAAGAGCAACUUGGAAAGUCUCAAAUUUUGGAUACAGUGGAUAUUGAUAUGUCAAAGCAUAGUGAGUGGAAAAUUGGCUCUGAAGUGACAGAUGAUUCAAUUCCAAAAUGUAUUAAACUCUUAAUGACUCAAAGUAACAAAGAGUGUGAAUUUUCAUCUUCAAAGAAUACUCUUCUGAAAACUGCAUCUACUCGUAGUACAUCAGAGUCCAGCAACUUUAAUGUUUAUCCAAAGUCUUUAAUAAAGGCUGAUUUGCAACACAGUGUUCCCAUAGAAGAGCAAAGUAUAAUUAAUGACAUUUCUAUAGACCUACCCGAAGAUUUGUGGGGAAAUUUAACGGAUUAUCUGAAUGAUUCUACAGAACCAAGGGAAUGUUCCUAUCUCCCCUUUGAACUCAGUUUUCCUGUUCCACAAAUGUGUACUGUAACAAGUCCAUUAGAUUCCAAUAAUGGUGAUAUGAACCAACAACCGAGGACUAAACCAAAACUCAGUUCAGAUUUAAUAAUUUCCCACAAUGACAAAUUACUGACUUCACAAGAAUGCAUGACAAUGUCAGUACGGUCCAAUGUUUACCCCACCUCUGGACAAUUACUUACAAAAGAAGUAGUUCUUACAAGAUUGGAGGACAUUGCUGUCCCAAAACCAGAACACAAUAUCUGCAGUGAUCAGCAUGGAUUAUCUGAAAAUUCGGAUUCUGCAGUGGGUGCAGAGAACCUCGAACAAGAUUUGCAGAUUCUUCAAGCAGAAUUAGAGUCCAAAUCCUGUAAAGAGACCAGUUUAGAUAAAAGGAAUUUAAUCUCUCAGGAUGCAAAUGAAGAUAAGUUGAAUUUUCUUCAGUCGCAGUUCCAAGAUCUGUAUCCAGACCAUGAUCAUUCAAAGAUGCCUCAGCAAGCCAUAGAUUAUAAGGGUUGUACUUCCAAUAAUAGAAAGACAGAGGAGGAUGAUCAACAACCAUUAGAAAAAGGCAAGACAAACAAUGCCAAUGAGCUUGAAUUAUCUAAGGAAUGUUGCCCUUUCUCUAAUAGACAUUCUGAGGUUCUCCUAUCCAAAGCAGAAAGCAUGGAGAAUUGCCCUAAAGAGGCUUGUUGCCUGCCUGUUUCUUCAAAAUAUACAGUAGAUUCUUUAUGCAGCAGAAAUCCCACUAUUGUGAUAACAUCCGUAGACGCUAAUCCAUCUGAAGAGCAACCUAUGCUUACAAAACCUAAUGAAACAGAUCUUGAGCCAGAAGACCCAAGAACUGAUCAAAAACUGUGUAGAAGUCUGAAGGAUUGUGAAACAUAGGGUUAUACUAGAGGAAAGCUUGGUUGUAUAAAGUUACAAAUAGGUAUGCUCUUUCCCCACCACAAAAACAGCUUCCAAUAAAACCAAUGCCUUUUUCAUUCAAGAAGACUGCUUGUAUUAUACGGAGUUACUUUGGUUUCAUAGAAAGAGCUCAAAUGAUUCAGUUCUCAACAGUGUGAUUAUGUAUCAGUGAAUGAAAAACUGAGUUCACUUUUUGGCAUACUGAGGCAUUUUUACUGGAGUUGGUGGAUCCAGAUUAAAUUAUCUAUUCAAAAACACUUCUCCCCCUUUAAAGUAGAACAUGUGCUAUAACUUACAAAAUGUUUCAACUUAGUACAAAACUUGAGAUGAGAUUUUGAUACUGUGUGCCUACUUAGAUCUUAAAAGUUUUAAAUGACUUGGCACUAUCAGCUGUACCUGAGAAAUAGGUUCAUUGGCUUCAUGCUAUGGGUGUUUGUGAUAAUUCUACAGUCCAAGAAUUGGAUUGUUGAUCCCAAUGAAAAUAAAUGCUGGUUGAUUAUUACUUCACAGUUGCACCACACAAUGCUUCAAAUGUAUUUUAAAAUAAGCUCACAGAAUACUGCACCUUUUUAAGUGCAUUGCAAGUGUUCUCAGUUACAUAAAAGACAUUUGUAAUUACUGUUUGUUGUGAUUAUGAUUUAUGAUUCUGUCACACUCCCUGCAAAGCUUCCAUGUUACAUUGUCACAAGUAUGUUAACCUUUUAUAUAUUUCUGAAUGUACUAAAUAAAGUGUGUGAAUUAAUCAAAUUUUAGUCAUUUGCUGGCUCUAAAAUGUAAAACAUAAGUAUUUACUUUGUAUUUUUAAGGGAGUUGCAACAUUUUGUUAUUUGCAUUUAGGUUACAUUUGAAUAAUAUUUUUAUAUUUGUAUUUCUGUAGCUGACAAACAUUCUGUGCGAAAAGUACUUGAUGAUGUAGUGUAACAUGUGUUUAGUUUUAUCGUUCCUACUCUAAAGCCUUUUUAAUCUUAAACCAUGAACCUAACUGUAGAUUGAACUCCGAAGUUUCAAAGCAACUUACAUUUGUAAUGUUGCAAUAUUACUAGGUACCACUGAAUCUGAUUUUAUUAUGGCUAAUUUUGCAAUGUAAUCCCACGAUGAAUGGCCAAUGAAGUUUGUAGCAUAUUCUUAGCAAACUGCUUAAAAGUAUUUGGCACAAGUAAUCAUGCCCCACAGAUAUAGGUUCUUUCUAUUUAAUUCAAAAUUUUGGGACAUUGUAAUAUGUAAAUUUGAUGAGGUGUGUUUGUGUGUCAAGAUGGAAGUGUCCAUACUUAUUUUUAUUUAACAUUCUUGCAGUGGUGCUUAUUUAUCUUUCAUCAGGGAAGAUGAGCUUCAUACUGAGGACCACUUUCAAGAUGUUUAAACCUAUGUGGUUCAAAGUUUUAUAAAAGUUUUUUUCCCACUUUUUCAUCAUUCUACUUGAAGCAUAUUCAGUAACAAUUUCUUAGUGCCUUUUUAUUACAUUAUUCUUAUACUUUAUAUUUAAUCUUCAAAUAAGUACCACAUGUACUUUAUUGUUAGUGUGUAAAAACAUAAGGGAUAAUCCAUUUUCUUUCUUUCUCCUAGUAAUGAUAACUCACAUUUGGUUACAGUUCCAUGAAUUCCAACAUUUCUGACAUAGCAGCUAUCGUGUACCGGUAUUGAUAAUGAGUGUCACCUGGUCUUUUGACCAUGAAGAACAUUGGAACUUAAUCCAGUGCUUUCUUAACUUAAUAUGCGCUUUCCUGCUAUAGUCAUGAGGUAACAAUGUGUCUUUUAUUCCCCAUUUCUGGAACUGAGGUGCUGAAUCCAUUUGCAGCACCUUUACUGCUAACUCACCAAGGUCAGCAGGACUCCAGGAUUGAGCCUAGCUCCUUCCUGUUUUAUAUGGUUUGGACAAAUUUUUAUUUAACAUUUUACAAAAGUGUUUCCAACUGUUAUUUAUUUAAUGUAUUGUGCUGUGCUAAAAAGAAGAGGUAACAUAGAAUUUUCAGCUGUUUUCAAUAAUAAAACAUGAUUUUAAAAAAAUUGAGUCAAUGAAAUGACACGUGAAAAUUGAGAGAUUAGCAUUUCUAUUUAAAGUGGAUUUCAUCACUGUCCAAUUGUUUGAUUAAAUUGGCAAGAAGACACCUGGAUGGAGGUUUCCUCACUGAAUAUUAAAAAACAAAGUCUGUUAAGAUUUCAUUCAUCAGGAAAAUCACUAAGUCUGCAUACAUACACUAUUGAGCGGACUGUAGAGAAAGAGGUUGUGUAGAUAUUCAGGUAAAUAUAGCCCAAAAACAGUAUAGUUGCAGAAUUUUUUAAUCCACCCAGAGCUGAUUUGAGGCAUUUUCUUAUGACAAGAAAAGCCCAUUGUAAUAGUCUUUAUAAAAUAAACGUUACUUUUAAAAGAGUGCACAGAAAAGUCCUUAAUUUGUAGCUGCUUUUGAAUGCUCCAACAAAAGAAAUUUGUUUGCCAAAAAAAGUUAUUUUCUGAAUUUAGUUUUGUAACUUAGGUGCCACAGAGUAUAAUCAAAACAUGCAUAAUGCAUUAAAACAGCACAGUUAUUAUGCAUACCCAACACCUGUUUGGUUUUAUAUCUUUAUAAGGGAUGUGCUUAUUGUAUUCUGUGGAAUCUUGAUUUUAAAUGCAUUUCUACUGGAAACUGUUUCAUUGUCAAACCUUUUGCAUAACCAAAUAAAAUCAGUGUUAGAUAAUGUGCAA